AUGAGAAGGUGCUUGUGCCCCGGCCGCCUUCUGCGAAUUGGCCGCGGGCCAAUUGCGCCUCGCCUACCUGUCCUCUCACAUCCGUCGGUGUCCCGUGUACAGACUUGCUUCGCCUCGACGACGACCCGAAGAUCCAUCACCGAGGAUGAAUUUCAGCUUCUCUUCUCAUACAACACAUUACCUUCCAUUCCUCUCGAGUCAUUGCGGAAGUUCAACCCCGAUAGUUGGAUACCGAUUUUGGAAAAAUGCUCACUGGCACGCGAAAAAAAGACGAACAACAACAAGAAGGGAGGGCCUGCUCACCCUGGGGAGGAGGUCGGUUCGCUCCUCGAACACGAACAUGAGCUCCGUCGGACCCAUGCUCUGAUGGGAUAUCUGUGGUUGGCCAGAACUCAUUCGAACUUGAAUAUUUUGGGCUAUCUGGGGUUUGAACUGAAACACUGGUCAACUGUGCACUCCUACUUAAGCCAGCUCAUCGACACGUACGAAACUCUCGUUCCGUACAUGGCCUCGCGGAAUGCUCUACAAGGUUUUGACUGGAACGCGGAGGGACUGUCUCUCGAUCAGCUCACAGGUAAGCAUGGUCGACAACAAAAAGGGCUGAUCAAGCCGCAUCCGCAAUCAGACAUGCUUUCCCUCGAUCGGUUGACCGACCGGCCUGCUGCGCGGGAAUUGGCCGAGAGAUUCCUGGCCGAGGUCCUGCUGAAUCUGGGCUCCUUGGUGCUGAAAGCUGCAGACGCGCCGCAAAACGAAGCGGAUCUUGCAAUGUCUUGUGUAUUCCGCAUCCUGGCCCGCUUGCAUCAUUUGGAUCUGAUCUCCAACAGAGUGUAUCAAUAUCCAAAAAAUGAUCCCAGCCAAAUUUCAUUCCGUCCUCCCGGUCUCAACCUACUGUCAAGCCAUAUUAUGAGUGUUUUGUCUGAUGCCGCAUGGCUUGAGCACGAAGCUGCGCUCGCAACAGCAGCCACCGAGGCGGGCGAGGAUCCUCCGUUUCUUCCUUUCAAGGUGGGAGUCCGUGAGCUUGGCCCUGAAAUUUGGUUCGAGCUUAUUCUCUGGUGUUGUGUCGAGCAUGGAUUUACUAAACAAGGCGCCGGGUUAGUGAAAGAGAUGAGCCAGCGCAUUGACGACAAGGCAUGGAAAGUCGAAAGCUGGGCGCCUCUAGUACAGGCUCUCGACGUCGUGCAGCAGACCAACAUCAGCACUGAAAUAUCCUGGCGUCGCCCAAAUGAUAACUUCCUACCUCAGACAUUCAAGGGCCCUAACAAGCCUCCGUUCAAUGGCCUUGGCAAUCGGACUAUCAGCACAGAAGUGGUUGCGAGCCUGCGAAGUGGAUUGAUCAACAAGGCCUAUGUGGGGGUGGGAUUCCAUGGCUCAACUCCCUCGGAUAUUAUUAAUUACUCUACGCCGCUGAACUUAUUACUCGAAUCGUCUGGUGAUCGCGAGGAUCUCCGGCCAACGAGCAAGUCUACCAAUUGGCACAUUUUCAGAAUUCUCGAGUCUGGCUGCCUUCAGACCUAUGAGGACCCGACCUUAUUUGAAAGAGUAUUACGGUCUACUCAAAAUGUGGUGCCACCGUGGGGAGGAUAUGGAGCUCUCACAGAACACGACCUGAGCGAUAUGACGAGAGCGCAGCUAUACGACGAAACUGCCGCUAUCGCCGGGUUGGUGGAACAUAAUGUCAAGGCUUAUGCUUAUAAACGCCAAGCUGGCCGCAGCUUCUACCAGUUCGCUUGGCUACAAAACAUCGUCGAUGCUAGCAAGGCCUACCACAUCCAAGCAUUCUUUGAACAGCUCAGUCGUUCCAAGUCAACGGACGUUCCUUUCUUCAACUCACAACACUUGGGUGUGCAGGAGCGCGAAUUCUCUUCUCUUCCACAGGUCUCGAUUGUGACGUUAGCCGAACUGCUUGACCUAGCCUCUGUCAAUCGCGCUUAUGACUUUGGAAACUGGUUACUUUUCAACGACGACCUUGAUGGUCCUUCAAUCCCAGCUUCUGCCUACGGCGAUCAGGUGCUGGCACCAUCGGUUCUCCGAUUUGCCGCUGCUACACAAAAUACCGAGCUCAGUGAAAAGGUCAUAUCCUCGCUCAGCAUGCCACUGUCCGUCAACAUGCUUAAGGCCCUGGUCAGCUCCCAUAUCGACAUGGGUAACUGGGAUCGUGCGAUCGUCACGCUUGAGUACCUCCGUGACUUCAGACUGAAAUCCUGGGGCUUUAGCAAUCUCACGGCUCUAGCCGCGAAGAUUAUCCGACUGGACGCUUCCAUCAAGCACAAAGAGUCCAGCGGAGGUCUUGUGGAUGAGAGAUUGACGAAGAGCCUGGAGCGCGCCAAUGAUCUCUUCCUCCGUUUCUACCGCAUGCAAUUCAAUACGCCUGCUAGCAAGAACCGUCGAGUGACUGCCUUCCAGCGAAACGUUUUGAUGCGUCUUCUCCUUGUUUUCCGAUCUCUUCCCGGCCCCAUCUCAAAUCUCACCAAGCAGAUCGACCUCAAGGUUCCCCCGCUCAGUAGCCACUUGAAGCUUCAGUAUAUCCCUACAGUCUCCUUUCACAAUCUCCUCGCUGCCGUCGUGGACGUGUACGGCAGCACGUUCGGCUUGAACAUGUGGUUCAAGUGGUGUAUACAUCGACCGCCCCCUAGCCGUGUCCGCCAGCGCGAAGGCGGCAUCACUCGCCUCCACUCUCGCAAAGAACUGUCUUGGGCCCGAGGCGACCCGACCUUCAACCCGAAAUGGCUGGAGCACCAACAAAGAAAAGCCGUUAUUCCCGACUUCAACACCAUCCGCAUCAUCGCGCAAGCUGCCAUGCGAGAGUUCGCACUGCUGCGGAACCCGAAACUCCAAUCCCAUCCUUCAUUCUCAUCCUCUCCGCCCCCGCGCCCCCAACAACUCCCCUUCUUCGCCCGAACGCGGCCAUAUAAAGCGCUCAUCAGCCGCUUUGAAUUUCAAGGCCAACCCGUUGCCGGUGGCAAACCGCCUUCAAGCCCCGCCGAAGCCUCCCUCGACUUUGUCGUGUGUAUGUUCAUCCGCGCAGGCAUGCCACAGGACCAGAUUGACUUGGAGGUCCCUGGCCAUAUAGCGCGCAUGUGCCACCGGGGUAUCUUCCAUAACCCAGAAAAGCGGACGCGGGACCGGAUUUGGGAAAUCCGGCGGGAUCCUUUCAUGAAGUCGGGUCCCUUCUGGAGGAUGGUGCACCAAAAGCCUAAAGGAGGCCGAGGUGCGCGUGCCUCAUCAGAGUCGCGAGAUCUCAAAUGA